UGGGCCGCUGAUUGGCUGUGCGCAGAUUCGUAUCUGCGUUAACCGUAAACGCAAGUGACGUGAACGUAGCAAGUAGUCAGGAGUUGUUUAGCGUGUAGAUGGCAACUGCAGCGGAUAAUCAAAAUAAUUUUGAUCCAGGAGAGCAUCAGCACAUGCGCUAUAACCCCCUGCGCGGCUCCUGGGUUCUGGUGUCGGCUCAUCGUAUGAGGAGGCCCUGGAAAGGCCAGGUGGAGAAGCAGUCUGAGGACGAAGUCCCCCGACACGACCCCACAAACCCCCUCUGUCCUGGGAAUCAGAGGGCCAACGGGGAGGUGAACCCUGAGUAUGACAGCACUUUCCUGUUUGAUAAUGACUUCCCUGCUCUCCAACCAGACUCCCCAGAUCCUGGUGCCGGGAAUCACGCCCUUUUCCAGACCAAAGCUGCCAGAGGUGUUUGCAAGGUGAUGUGUUUCCAUCCCUGGUCUGACAUCACCCUCCCACUGAUGGAGCUCAGUGACAUCAGAAAAGUGAUUGACAAGUGGGCGGAGCUGAUCGAGGAGCUGGGUGGGACCUACCCGUGGGUGCAGAUAUUUGAGAAUAAAGGAGCCAUGAUGGGAUGUUCAAACCCUCACCCUCACUGCCAGGUCUGGGCGAGCAGCUUUCUCCCGAAUGAACCAAGCCUUUCUGCCCGUUUCCAGAGGGAGUACCUCAAGGAGCACGGAGAGGUCAUGCUGGUGCAGUAUGCCAAGAUGGAGGCGGAGAGACAGGAGCGUGUGGUGGUGGAGAAUGAUGACUGGAUAGUUGUGGUGCCAUACUGGGCCACCUGGCCAUUCCAGACGCUGCUGCUUCCCCGAAGGCACGUUCUGCGACUGCCUGACCUCAGCGCGAGAGAGAGGGAGGGACUGGCAUCCAUAAUGAAAAGGCUGCUGACCAAAUAUGACAACCUAUUUGAGAUCUCCUUCCCCUACUCUAUGGGCUGGCAUGGGGCGCCCACCGGGGCCUUCCUACAGGAAGACAUGGGGCACUGGCAGCUCCAUGCCCACUACUACCCUCCCCUGCUCCGGUCCGCUGCCGUGCGCAAGUUCAUGGUGGGGUACGAGAUGCUGGCGCUGGAGCAGAGGGACCUCACACCUGAGCAGGCAGCUCAGCGAUUGAGAAGCCUGCCGGAGGACCACUACAAGGCCAGCGGAAGGAGAGAAGAAGGGAUGUGUGGAAGAAAGGGAGAGUGAGCUGAGAUUACCUGCCGUGAAAGCUUCCACACAGGUCCCUGAGGCUAGCUCCGGUAUGAUAACUGUCAUAAUGAGAUUACCCCGCAAAUGAUGAAGAUACAGACUAAUGAGGAACGUUGUGCAUUCUGCCAUUUGCCUAUUGAUUUAUUGUGAGUAAAUGAGUUUCCAUGGACGUACAUCUAGAAGGGAAGGUUUUCCUGUGGUGCCUUGUAUGGGUGAGGGUGUUUGACAUCCAUGUAAAUGAGCUGUGUAAUUACCAUGUUUCCCUGGGGACAUUCUCGAGAGGAACAUCCAGGGCCUGUUCAGAGCAGCCGGUGGGGUGAGAGGGAUUUUCAGUAAAUUAGAUAAUCGCUGUGCAAGACACAUUUUGGAAGGACGACAUGGUGUGAGCCACGCCUCGGCACACACUGAUUAUCAGCAAAGAAACAAAAUGGUUGAACCGUGUGGUUGAAUUUAUUUCAUAUUUUUCACGAGCAAAAUAAAAAAAGACAAUGUUGUGCACUCAAUUUAUAUAUUAGUACAAUAAAAUCAACAAUAUAAAAUAA